AUGGCGGCCUCAGCCGGUCCCGCGACGGCCUUCGGGCACCCCAUAUGCAGCCCCGGCCACAAGCCCUCGCUCAGGUGGAGUUUCCGAUGGGUCGUCCGUUGUCUGCCGAUCUUAGAAAUGUCAUUAAAUUGGCUUUCCUUCUACCAUAUUUCACUACACGUGUGUGUUCGUGUGUGCUUGUGCUUAUAUAUUUUUUAGAGUGUUCGGGUGUUAAUAUUUCUGUGUAUGGGUAUUUGCAGCUGUACGAGCAAGGUGUUUGUGGGAUUGAGGCCCCAAUCCGAGGGUAAUUUAUCCCUAUUUUUUAUUUAUUCAAAGAUAAAUGCUCCAUUUCGCUCCUCUUUGGCCGUUUAUAUACAUUUUUCAAAAUAUUUAUUUGAAUUUUCUGCAGGUGUUGUUGGAGACGGGAAACCUAAUCUGAAUGUUGAUUUCCACUGCCGAGUGCAUCAAAGCGUCGCAAUAAGGUAUCACCUGUGAGAAGUGUGUUCGUCAUUUUUUUAACGCUCAUUUUUUACCUGGUCUGUAUGUGUUUUCAUAUUAUCCUUAUUAUAACAUUUUUUCGGUAUGUAAGUUAUUUUUCUGAGGAAAAAAAAUUAUACCAAGUUCUGACUUCAAUAUAUGCGGGUUAAUUUUCCUGGCUCAUGAUAACGAAAAUAAAAAUAGAGGAAAUUGGAUGGAGUAAGAAGAUCGAUAACUAAGUAGAAUGUACAUCAAAACCAAGCUUCUAGGUGACUGCAGUGGAGAAAAUAAUUAUGAUGGAAAUCAACUAAAUGAAUAAAAAGUGUGAUGGAUAUGGAUUCUGAGUAUCGGUAUCAACUACUAGUUGACAUGCAAGCUCCACUGAGGGGAAAAAAUGAACGUAUUCUUGAGUUCCUGACUUAGAACGGGAAAGCAUAUUGUUUCUCUAUGUAUUCGUUAUUUUUGAGGUUAGAGAAAUGGUAACCUUCCAAACGCAUGACAAGAGGAUUAGUCAUCUUAUGUCAUAGGAUAUAGAAUACACUCGUAAGGUUGUUGACACAUGCAUCAUCAUUGGUGGGCACAUCAGUACUGGUGAUUAAUAUUGCUACUGUUUUUAUGUCCAUGACUCCGGGGACAAUGGGAAAGGCAUCAAUUCACACUUUUUUUUUUCGGUCAUGUUAUCGACAUUGGUGAAAAAUUAUGGACAAUUUGAAGUGACGACCGUGAAUUUCAAUAGUGAUAAUAAAUAACGAUCAACCCUUUGGAUUCUUUGAACAUUGCUUUUCACUUAUGGCAAUUCUUCCUAUGGUGAAUGACUUCCCUACCAAGCUUUGAGGAACCUAGAAGGUGACAAAAAUAAAAACCAACGAAUAAAAGAGGGUGAAAAUGACAACUUUAAGUACCACAAAACGAACUCUGAGCGUGGCUACCAUCAAGGACCUAAAAUUCAACUUCUUUUUACUUUCCUCUGUUCGACAUUUACAUGUACUUAGGACAGGGGAAUCAGCAUGUGAAAGGGACACUCAAGUAUUACUGCAUCCUUUGUUAGAAUGUUAAUUAAAGGAAGCAAACCAAAGUCAAAGUCAGUUUUUGUUCUUGAGAAGCAGACAUCUAGUUCCACGAACGUUAUUUUUUUAUUUAUUUUUUUGGUUUUGUAUUAAGUUGAACAGAUUGAAACAAAACCACAACAGUGGACUGUUUUGGCUUCUAUCAUGACAAUUAUGGUGAAAGGAAAACUUUUCUUUUGAAUAAAUAAUUGUUCGACUUAUGAAGAGUUCAAUCAUGGAGAAGAUAAUUGGGCCAACAAGAUUAGUGACACAUUGGAACAGUCGUGCUAAUGGUAUUGAUAUUGGUAGUCUCAAAACUACAAAUUCCCCACCAAAUGAUCAUCUUUCAUUGAAUUACUAUGGAAAAAAGACUAAUAUCUUUCAAAAUGUAGUGAGUGGCUAAAAUAGAAGUCUCAAUUAGAGCCUGCCUGGAGCAGACAGUAUUCAGCAAUGAGAUUGGGAUUGAUUGGAAUGUUUUUACGAACUAUGAAGUUGGUUGUCCGGUCGGAACGAAUAAGAAAAAAUUUCAGUCAUUAUUCAGGCAUACCUAGGGCAUUGCAAACUCUUUUGAUUCAAUGUGCUAGUUAUUUUUUCUCCGUCAAAGAAGUCUGCAUCAAUUUGGUACCCGUGCUUAGUUUUGGGUCUGACAGUUUGUUCUAAAACUGGUCCUCACUACUCUGUGCCGGAUGACUUCCAGACGUAUAUUUUUGGCUGAUUUUGUUGUUAUUUUAAAAUCUCAUUUAUGCUUUGUGUCAUUUGGCUUAUUUGCCAACCAUUGCAGUGCAAAGGAUAGUGCCCAUAGAAUCUUUUUUUUUUGUAGCUUCUUAUCUUGUUUCACCGAGACAACUUUGUGUUUUAGGUCUUCAAAUAAGAGAGCCACACGCGCACGCGUCCAUAUGAUGCCCAUUGGUACACCAAGGGUUCCAUAUAGGACACCGGGUGAGGGGACUUGGCAAUGGGUCGAUCUGUGGAAUGCCCUUGUAAGGGAAAAUCUCCCUCCCGCCGUCUGGUUAUUUCCUCAUGUUCCAUGCGACAGUAAUAUAUAUACCUUGAUUUGCAGUACAGGGAGCGUGUUAUCUUCAUUGGCCAAAAUAUUGAUGAAGAAUUUAGUAACCAAGUUCUGGCAACAAUGUUGUACCUUGACAGCAUUGAAUCUUCAAAAAAGAUAUAUUUGUACAUCAAUGGCCCUGGUGGAGAUGUAAGUAAUUUCAGUGUUUUUAUUGACUGAUCCCUUCCUACAGUACAGUUUUUUUAUUUUCAGGAUCAUUAAUAAGAAAAUACUUGGCUCUUGUUGAUGACGUGUACUGAGAGAAUCUCCUUGUGGACGGUUUACCUUGUAGUGGAUAUCACCUAUCCUCUCACCUAUUGAUACCUUCCUAAGUCUGAAAUGUAUUUAAACAUAAAUCAUAUAUACUUAGAACAGGAUCUCUACCAAAAAAAAAAUCACAUAGAAUAUGGGGCAUUUCAUGUACAUCAGUGAUUAUUUAGCUGAAGAAGUUUUCUCGAAAGUUCUGUAGAACAUACUCAGAACAGCAUUUAAAUUUGAACUUGGUUACUGUAACCACAAUUUAAGUACUAAAUAUAACUAGCAGAACAUAUUUUGCUGACUAAUGAUGAUAAUGGUAUCCCUUUUCCGUCAAAGUAAGAAUGAGGGAGAAAACUCAUCAGAUGGCCUUUUGGACGCUCAUAUGAACUCUACUCAAAGAUAUAAAUGAACCAGCCUUAAGCAUUCAUGUAUUGAACCUGGAGACGAUCCAUUUUGUCACCUAUCCAUUUCCCCUACUUGUGAUAAUGAUCACCCAGCCUUAGGUUUUGUUGGAACCAGCUUUGUUUUAUAAUCUAGUUAAGUAACGGUUGCUCAUGAAAUUAUUAUAUCACUGGUAUAUAUUGAUAGUUGACUCAUUUGUAUACUUACAGCUUACUCCAAGUAUGGCUAUAUAUGACACAAUGCAAAGCUUGAAAAGUCCUGUUGGUACUCAGUGCGUUGGUUAUGCUUAUAACUUGGCUGCAUUUCUUCUCGCAGCAGGAGAGAAGGUAAAUAUUUAUUUUAUUUAUUUAUUUAUAUUCACUUGUUUCCACUUUUAGUCUCCUGUCAAACAUAAGUCUGUCCUACUUUUUUUUCCUUUUUCCUAUGAUCUUCAAGGGUAGCCGUGUUGGCAUGCCUCUCUCGAGAGUCGCUCUACAGUCUCCUGCUGGAGCUGCCCGCGGCCAGGUUUGGUCAACGCCAUCUUCCAAUGGUGUAUCCUAGAUUUUACUGCACUUCCUGUAUGGUCCCAGCAUUGACUUUGCUCGAGUCUCUACGUAGGCGGAUGACAUUCGUAAUGAAGCAAAUGAGCUCCUCAGGAUCAGAGACUAUCUGUUUACUGAAUUGUCGAAGAAAACGGGCCAGCCCGUUGACAAGGUAUCUGAUUUAUUCCUGAAUUGGGUGCCGGAAUCUCUCCCUCUACUUGGUCUUUUGCUUGUGGUCAACUCGUUUCUACCGAAAUUUCUUAUAUUUUCAUCUUAAAUUAUAACAUGCACGCCAAGAUUCUUGAACCUAGGAAAAAAGAGAAGAUUAAGGAAAAAAAAUGAUGUUCUUUUGGCCUAUUUGCUUCGAUUAUUUUUGCAGUAAAAGCAUGUCGAUAAUAAAAAUAUAUAUAUAUUGGGAAAUUUCUAAUCAGUUCCUCAGUCAUGGAUGAACAGUUUGUUGGACAAUUACCACAAAAUAUACAGACCCCAAAAUCAAUACUAUAGAACAUGCAAUUAUUUCUUCUUAAUAUUGUUCCUCGGUGGGAAUCAUUUUGGAAAAUGUAUCGUCGCCUGUAGAACAUGCAUUAAAUCGGCAAAAAUAGUCCUUUUAUGCCGGAUUGAGCUCAUAUUUAUGGUUUAGCUCAUCAAAACCUCUACAAUAAUCAUUCCAAUGAUCUUCAAAUCGGAUUUGAAGAGGGAUUAAUGAUUUUUUUGUGUAUGAUAUCAUCUUAUUAUGGUUGGGGUUUUCAGAUCACCAAGGAUCUGAGCCGGAUGAAGCGAUUCACUGCCCAAGAGGCCCUCGACUACGGGCUGAUCGACCGCGUCCUCAGACCGGCGAGGAUCAAGGCCGACGCCCCCCGCAAAGAGCAGCCGGCCGGGACUGGCCUCGGCUAG